ACUUCUAAAGAAGUUAGGUGAGUCACACUAUCUGAUUAAUUUAAUAGGACAGAAUUAUAUCAAAGAUUAAAUCUAAUAUAUUAAACGUUAUUUAACUACUUAAAAAAUUAUUAUCAAAAUAAUAAUAAUUGUUUUACAUAACACAGUAAGUUAAAUAUUAUUAUAUUAUUUCAACCGUUUUUAAUACUUAUUACAAACAUUGUCUGAACUACAAAUUUAGAUUUGUAAUAUCUACUGUAACUUGUAGUGUCUGUCUACACUUGAAACGUUUAUAGUUGAUCGAUCGAACGGUGAAAAGUUCUUGUUCUAUUUUGUUUUUAACUUCAGUUGUAUUUUUGACAGUUGUCCAAAUCUGUUUAAUAUGAAUAGUUUUAAUUGAAUUUCCCCAUUUUAGCUCUUAACUGUUAAAUAAUGGGUGCUUUUACGAGUAGACAGAAUGCGGGGGUCGAAGAAGUGGAUGUCGCUUCAACACAUGCUUACAGAUACCCUCCCAGAUCUGGCAACUACUUUGGAAGCCACUUCAUUAUGGGAGGAGAAAGAUUUGAUACACCACAGCCUGAAUCAUAUCUUUUUGGGGAGAACACAGACCUGAAUUUUCUUGGAAGCAGACCAACCCCUUUCCCUUAUCCCCCUCCUCAGCCUAAUGAACCCACAAAAACCCUUAAAAGUUUGGUAAAUAUAAGGAAAGAAUCACUGAGGUUUGUGAGGUUGUACAAUGACUUCAACAAAGUAAACAUUGAUAAGGCUGAAAAUGUAGAUGUAGAAUUAGGUACCAAUAGUCAUUUUAAUAUAGAGUUUACUUUUGAUUGUGAUGUAAGGUGUUCAAUCACUAUUUAUUAUUUUUGUACUGAAGAAACUACUCCUAAUGGUGUGACGUAUGUGUCUCGUGACCCUUCCAUAACUUCUGAAACAUUCCACUUUAUGAGAGGUGCAAAUCAGCAAUUUUCUCAACCAAAUCAUGUUUUUAAUCCUUCCAAAUAUCCUGAUGAAGACUUAUUGUAUGAUGUUGACAGGGAAGUCAUACCAAUUGCUAUUCACUGUGUUGCUGAAGAAGGAGCUGAUGAACUAAAACAAUCUCACACAACUGUUGCCACAGUUGAAAAAUUAUCAGAUGGGACUUAUUUAUUAAAAGCAUUAAAACAAAAGUUGUAUGUGGAUGGUUUGUGCUACUUGUUGCAGGAAAUUUAUGGUAUAGAAAAUAAAAAUAAUGAUAAGGCUGGUGGUGAUGAUGACACAGAAGACAAUGGAUCUGAAUGUGUUAUUUGCAUGUGCGACGUUAGGGAUACCCUAAUUUUACCUUGCAGGCACUUGUGUCUUUGUAAUUCAUGUGCUGACUCUUUGAGGUAUCAAGCAAACAAUUGUCCAAUAUGUAGGGCCCCAUUUAGAGCUUUGCUACAAAUCAGAGCACUGCAAAAGAGCAGCAAUCCCAACAUACCGCCAAUUAGCCCACCAGAUGGUAGCUGUGAUAAUAUACCACCAGGCUAUGAAGCAGUCUCGUUGAUAGAAGCGUUGAACGGGCCUUGCACUCCAAGGCAACCGCCCUCCGCCCAACCCGAUCUGGUGGAGACACCGGAAAACGAGAACGCCAUCCAGGCGGCGCAGCUACUUAACAGACAGUGCGAUCGUGUCACCCCUUCCAAAAACCGUGGUGGCGAGACGUCCUCUUUAAACAGUCCGGAGUAUAGUGCUAGUGCUGGCGUCGUCAUGAUGACACCCACCACCACAACGGAAGACGAGGAGAGCAAGGAGGCAAACAGGCGGCUACUGGGUGACGGCGACAACGGCGUAAGGUGUGCAGCUAACAGACCUCGCGACACCAUGAAAUUGGUGAACGAGAAGACGGACAAAGAGGAGGUUGUUGAUGAGGACAGCGAGGCGGAGAAACUUUCGCCGCUUCUACAAAAGACUAAAUCGGCCGUACGAGACAAUAACUUGGCCCUCAACAUGGCAGAUGUGGUAGAUGCGAUCGACGACGCGGACACGGAUCAAGAAGAGCCAAUUUGCACUGAUUCACACGAGAAAACUAACUACAAAGGCGACGGGACACCGGAAGACCGGGCCGACGAGUCCGACUAUUACACGCCCGAAGAACAACACGUGAACGGCGAUCCGCUUAGCGGGGACGGUCCAGGCGUCGCUACUUUCAGUUCCGUGGAGGGCACGCCCCAAAGACUUCCCGGUACACCUAUUUCACUGGCCAGCGGUCGAAGCAGUGGAGCGGAAAGCUGCGCCAGCGGUUCCAGCACCAGACGUCUUUUGGCACCCGUCCGAGGGGAGAAAACCGUAGUGCACCUUUGACUUGGAGAGGUUCGCUAAGAAAUGUUGCUGGGUUGUACUGUUUUAUUGACUGACAUGGGAAGCUUGCUGUAAAAUGUAGUCACAGAAGAUAUUAAACAUGUAAAAAUAAUUGUAGGGAAGUUAUAGAGAAAUUUUUAUAAAUUAUUUGUUAGGUAUUAUUUGUGUUACAAUUUUGGUUUUUUGUUGAGUUAAAUAAUUAAACUGCUGCGUUAAAAAAUAUUACCACUCCUCAAGAAAAGCUUCAGGACUGUUUAAUAUGACUUCAAUGCUUUUAAACUACAUUUUUAAUGUACAUGACAAGAUAUUUCAGUGAAUGAAUAAUUUCUACCAACAAAUUUGAAUAAAAUAAAAGAACAAAAGAAAUUUUUACCUUCUUCAUUCACUUGUGUGUGCAUAAUAAGUAAAUAAUUGACUUAUAAACUUUACUUAGGAAAAUUAGUUACAUUUUACAUAUUGAAAAAUUUCUAGAUGGUUUAAAAAUCUCUAUUUGACACAACAUUUGUGAUAAUAUAUUAAAACUAAAUUUCAUGAAUUUUAUAAUGAUUAUUGAAGUAUUUAUGUAGGUCUAUAAAAUCAAACCUUGCGUAAGUAAUCUCACGUCUGAAUAGUUGUUAUUGAAACAUUUUAAAUAAAUUGUUAAUUGCAGUGUUUUAAUCUGUAUAUGGAUAAAUCAGUUACUAGAAUCUUUAGGUAUUUGAAUACUCAAAUAUUUAUUUGUUAUAUUUAAUUUUUAUAAUUACCAGUCCUAGUUUUAUUUUCCAACUCAUUUUUAAAUAUUUAUAGUUUCCCAAUCAGAUUUCUUACAUAUAAAACUUGUAAAAACAUGUAAUAUACUCCCUAAUAAAAUACGACAUAAUUUUUAAAA